AUGGUCCAGUCAUCGCCGCAACCUGGCGCCUUGCCCAGACAAGCUUCUCUACCAUUGCAGAUGGGUCGCAUACGCGCAGCUUCAAUCAGCACCACGAAUAAAAUUCUGAGCUAUGAUCCGCAGCCAGGCAUGUGGGCAGCGACUGGAACAGCCAUUGCACUUGCGCCAAACCUUACCGACUUGCGGAAGAAUAACAUCGACUUCGACGUGGACGGUCAUCUUGCAACGAGGCUUGCAUCAACAAAACCUGGCGACUGCAAGCGAGCAGCGACAUUACCAAACGUUUCACCCGUGCCGUCGACCACCAUACCGAGCAAUGCCGACAACAAAUCAUUAGAGCCAUUGGUACAGAACUUUAGCCAUUCCACAGCCGAGUCAGAGACAUCUAAAACGUGGAAGCAAACUAUUUUCACUGGCGUCGUCGCCUUUUGGCGCUUCUUCAAGACUCCAACCGGAUUUCUCAUCACAUUAUACGGCCUCAAUGUUGUGGCUUGGGGCGCCAUGCUCUUCUUCCUGAUUCUCAAAGCCGCACCUGCAAUGAACCAUCCCGAUGGUGGUGACGCGGACUCUUCGCCUCGCAAAACAUGGAUAGAGAUUGAUUCGCAAAUCUUGAACGCGCUCUUCUGUUUGACAGCUUGGGGACUUGCCCCAUGGAGAUUCAGAGACCUUUGGUGGCUGUGUGUAUGGCGCUUUGGNGGUAAAACGGAGAGGAGCUCAAGAGCAAUCAGAAGACUGGCAGCAAGAAACGUAAGCUGGUUCCGUUUGCAAGAAGGUGAUCUGUUGGAUCGUGAGGAAGAUGGUCUAGAUCCGGCAUUGAUAAGGCGCAAGACCUUCUCAGGAGAGCGAGCUCCUGCUACCGCGCCCUGGAAAAUGGACUUUGUGGUAUGGAUGAUGGUUUUGAACACACUCUUCCAAGUCGGAAUGGCCUACAUGAUGUGGAGGUACAAUCGAAUCGACCGUCCAACCUGGGGAUCGGGUUUAUUCAUUGGCCUUGGAUGUGCAGUCAGCAUGUUUGGAGGCUUGAUGUGCUGGUGGGAAGGAAGGAAAAUAAAGAAGAUUGAGGGACCGAAACUCGUAAAUGACAAGGAAUGUACGGAGGUUUGA